AUGUAAUUAACAAAAAAUCCAAAUCAAAACCAUCUUCAAUAUCACACUAGAUCUAAUUCCUUAAAUAAAUCAUAUUCAUCAAAAUAACCUUCUGCAAAUUUACCAUUAUUACUAAGACAAUAAACAACAUUUGUUAAUCAUAAAAUUAACAAUGAAAAUGAGUCUAGUGUUGCUAACUAAAACACAGAAAUUUUAGGGGAUUUUAUAUUGCCAUCCUAUAAAUACACAAAAUAAUAGAAUAUCAUUUUGGCAGAUGAAUUAACAGAGAAAGUGUCAUCGUUACGCAAUAAUACAAAUUUAAAUGUUGUUAAAUAAAUGGUUAGAAAAAGAGUAAAAACAUAUCAUAGUGAUUUAGAUAGUUCUAUGAUUUCAACCUAAAGAUUGAUUACAGAUCCUGGAAUAGUUGUUCCAAAGAAAUCUAAUAACAAUUAAUAUUUAAUAGACAGAGAAUAAGUUUCUCAAGAUGGAGUUAAAUUUCCAUUUAGACUAUUUAUGAUCAAUAAAAAGAGAAAGAAUUUAAUUUCUUAAUUGCUUACAAAUACAAAUAUUAAUGAUGUAGCAAAAAAUAAUGAAAAUGAUUCUGAAAACAAAGACUUAGCAGAAAGAUUGAUUGGUUAAAUUAAAGCUUCAUAAGAAUAGAAAUCUAAGAAAGCUUUAACUUCCAAGAGUUGUAUGAAUAAUGCAUUAUAUUCUUUAUUGGCAUUAAAAAAAAAUUCACAAGAAGCUGUUAAAUUAAAAUAUAGAUAAAAUUUACCAAAAGAUUCAAGAUUUUAUUUAUUAUGA